AUGAGGCCAGCACUUCCGGCGUUGACUGUGGGCUUGAGCUUAGCAACCGCUGCCACUGCCGUCGACGUUACAUGGGAUGAUGACGAGUCGAUCAAGAGCGCUGCAGGUACCGUUGCCUACGGAUUAGUCAAAUACUAUACGGGAAACAACACUGGUGAUACGCCGGGAAACCUACCAGAUCCCUAUUACUGGUGGGAGGCCGGUGCUAUGUUUGGCACACUAGUUGAUUACUGGUGGUUGACGGGGGACGAUUCUUACAACACUAUUACCACACAAGCCCUGCUUCACCAAGUCGGUGACGAUGAUGACUAUAUGCCUCAGAACCAGACUUUGACAGAAGGGAAUGACGACCAGGGCUUUUGGGCAAUGGCUGCGAUGUCGGCAGCUGAACAUAACUAUCCUAACCCCCUGAUGAUCAACCGCAUCCAAGCAGUGUUCAACGAGUACGUCAGCCGCUGGGACACAGACAACUGUAGCGGGGGUGUGAGAUGGCAAAUCUUUACCUGGAAUGCUGGUUAUGACUAUAAGAACUCCAUCUCGAACGGGUGUUUCUUCAACGUUGCUGCGCGCCUGGCUCGCUACACUGGCAACACUACCUACUCUGAUUGGGCUGAAAAGGUCUGGGACUGGGAAACCGACGUCGGUCUACUCACGAGUGACUAUGAAGUCCUGGACGGAGUCCACUUCGAAGGCAAAUGCCCCAGCUCUACUGACAGUACUAAAUGGUCCUACAAUGCCGGGAUCUUCCUUUAUGGGGCCGCUGUAAUGUACAACAUCACGGAAAGCGAUACGUGGAAAACUCGUGUGGACAGCAUGCUGGCCGAUGUCAGCAAAGAAUUCGUACAGAACGAGAUCCUUUACGAGGCGUAUUGUGAACCGACUGCUCAGUGCAGUCAAGACGCACAAAGCUUCAAGGGAUAUCUCGCCCGAUGGCUAGCAGCCACUUCGCAGGUUGCCCCGCAUACUUCAGACUCCAUUAACAAGCUGUUAUUGUCAACUGGGAAGAAGGCAGCGACAAGCUGUUCGGGAUCUCCUGCUGAUGGCUUCAAGGGCCAUCCAGGCACUGCUUGCGGUUUCUCCUGGCUGAAUGGUACUUUCGAUGGUCUGGUUGGUGUAGGACCACAGAUGAGUUCUUUGCAGGCGAUUGUGUACAAUCUCGUUUCCUCAGCCGAUGCACCUGUCACUGCCAGCACAGGAGGAAACUCUACGGGUAACGUCAACGGGGGCAAGAGUGACGACGGCAGUUCCACAGCGAAUCCCACCUACGCGCCGAUUACUACUGCAGACAAGGCCGGGGCGGCUAUCCUAACUAUUUUAGUUACCGCUGGUGUUAUCGGUGGUACUGUUUUUAUCUCUGUUUAG